AUUGGGCGUAUGCUACCAUAGGACACCUGGAAACAUGUGAUGAUGAGAAUGAGAAUAAUCAUUGUGGGUGCGGCCGAAAUGACUUGGUGGUGGUGGAGUUCAAACAGUAUGCUCCAAGAUCUCGACUGAGACGCCUAGUGCUUAGCAGAAACAACUACCGGGAGCAUGAUGGUGGAAUGGCUCGCUUGCGCCUGACGUUAUUAUAUGUGGUGGGGCUUUCCCCGGCUCCGCCACGGUCAAUUGAUGAUCCCCUAAGAUUUGCCAGAAUCAAGCUUAGACUGCAUUCUAAAACAUCUUUCACCAUCGGAAUUGUGUGUAACCUCGGAAGUUUGCGUGGUCCUGAGGAAGAGAUGUCAGCUGAUGAUCUCUGGAAACAACACAUCCAACGAAAAUGGGGUCCACUAUUAGGAGAGGCAAUUUAUAAGGAGUGGCAACGGCAUAUGACAUCAGCAAAACAACAUAAACCUCUGGGGAACGAUCACAGUGGAUCAGUGGGAACUAUCAGUGGUGAUUGGCCACGUCUCUCUCUCGGUUCAUAUUUGGAAGACUCUGUCAGGCUUAGAGGUUCAUUAUCAAGUCAUUUCAUGAAAGCUCUGUAUUUCUCUCUCGAGAGUGGCAAGUUCUGGUUCCCGGCUCAAUUUUACAGGGGCACUGUUUUUGUAUCUUGUGGCCAUGGCUUAAUUAGUUACGACUCUGGAUCAGAUUCCUUUCACGUACGAAAAAAAGAAGGUGCCUGGGAGUUAUUGGAGAAAAACAUGGGAUGGGAUAUGGCGAGAGCACCACCUAUCGAAAUUGCUCCAAAUGCUCUUCAUGUCUCUGAUCCCAGCAAUUUGAAACCUGGGGAUCACAUUGAAAUCCAACGUAGAACAUUUAUACAAACAUCUUAUGAUCGGGCGUAUGCUACCAUAGGACACCUGGAAACAUGUGGUGAUGAGAACGAUAAUCAUUGUGGGUGCGACCGGAAUGACUUGGUGGUGGUGGAGUUCAAGCAGUACGCUCCCACGUCUCGACUGAGACGCCGAGUGCUCAGCAGAAACAACCACCGGGAGCACGAUGAUGGAUUGGGUUACUUGUAUGGAGGAAUCAGGAAGAUUCAUAGCCAACAACACAUUGAUGCCUGGACAAAAAUCUUUCCCCAACAUCACGUGUCUGAGAUUGUUUAUAUACGUGGGCCUCCAUCGCCGCCGCGGUUAAUGAUGAUCCCCUGA